CGAGCAACAAGCAAACCAAAAGUGAAACUAAUAAGUGUUCAUUAAGAAAUAUUAAACAUCAAACUUUAGCAAAGAGACAGUGUAAAUACGCGAGCGAAAGUUCUAAACGCUAGUAAUAGGUAAAAGGAAAAACUUAGUGAACGCGGUAACUGAGCUAAUAAGGGCUAGUGCACACGUUCACCGACAGCAGCAAAUAUAGGCACAUAAGCGACACGUGCAAACAAAAACAAAAAUAGCAAAAUAUUAAGCAGCAAAAAGUACCGAGUGCCAGCAGCAGAGGGGACAACAUCAGCGCAAUUGCAAUGAUUGGAAAUUAUCAGGAAAACCUACUGAAACUACAAAGAGCAAAAGCGAAGGCAGCAGCGUACAGUUUGGGCUGAAACGCCGCCGAGUUGAGAACAUAAAAAGCGUUUUCACAUCAACGUGGAGCGCGAAGACAGAGAAGCGCAGUGAAGCUGAAAACGCUACGGAAGCAAAUUUUCAAAGGAAUUAAGCGCUUAGCAACAAAGCAUUUUCCAACAGCAGAGCGUUCACAUUACUUGAGAGGCAAAGGAAGGAACGGAAAUAGACUACCACGAAGAAGAAAAAAAGACACACCAACACAACAAAGCAGCUGAGCAACAUGCAAAUAGCACAGAAGCGCUGCCAGUGGUCAUCAGCAAUGCAAAAGCCACAACAACGACAAAUAAGUGGGGUACUUCAGCAGCUGAUAAGCGUUACAUGUCACGUGCUAACGCUCAGCUUGCUGACGCCAAUAGCCCGUGGCGCGGCGCCGCGCCCUCUCUACACAGACAACAGUCAACCAUCGGCUGAUGCAAAACACUCCCUCUGGUUGCACGUGAACAAAACGUGUCUGACGAGCACUUGCAAUAAUACGCUCACCGAGCAGCACCUCGAACAGUUGGAGCGUAACAUCGAUUGGACGGUGAAUGCAUGCGACGACUUUCACACGCACGCUUGUGGCAAGUGGGUGCCGCCAAGUGGACAACAGAGCACCGCAAGCAUGCUGCAGGUGGGGGAGGAAUCGUUGACCGCGCGUUACGUGGAACUAUUUGAGCGAUCACUAAAUGAACGGCGCGCGGAAAGGCGCGAUGCAGCGGCAGUGACGGCGGCGCUUACGAGAGCGGCACAGCGACAGCAAGUGCGGCGUGCGCGUAGGCAUGGAAGACGCGCUGCGGCGAAGCAUGUGGACGCGACAGGAAGUGGCAGUGAAAAGCAGCUAGAAACAGCUUUAAAUGUAGAAGUGCCCGUAGAGGCGUAUGACAUGACGACGGAAGCUGAAGAUUACGAUCUAGUGCUUUCGAGCUUGUUGCGCUACUAUCGCGUCUGCAAGCAAGCAGAGCGGCUAACCGUACGCGGCUACUAUGAUGAAAUACGUGCAGAGGGUCUACUGCGGCCUCACAAACGUCACUGGCAGGAACUACUGGCCAACUUUGCGCGCUAUGGAUAUGGCGAACAAUUCGUAUUCUUUCGCGUACGUCAACAGAAUGCGUCACAACAUGAUAUUACUGUGCUGCCGCAUGACACACAUAAGCGGCUCAAUUUAACAGCGGAAAUAUACGAAUUGUUGCGCGCACAUACACACAAGAGUCGCGCCGAGUUGGCAACGGAAUUUCGCGCUUUGGAAACACAUGUCGAAGGCGUGGUGAACAACAUGUGCGCGGAGGAUGGUGUGGCGUACAACAACAACACGGUGAGUAGCACAACUGCAAGAGCCGAACAACAUGCGAUUAACGACCAGCCUGCGAUACCCAUCAGCGCUGAGGAGGACUGCGAUCUGACGGAGACUCUAACAUUCGCUGAGCUGACGCAGCGCUGCGCGGAUGUUGAUUGGCAGCGCUUCAUCGGCGCGCCGCUGGGACGACACAUGCACGCGGCUGAUCCGAUACGUAUUGAUUCAGUGGCCACAGUUUGCAAGCUGGCGCGUUACCAUAACCGGGCUGAGCAUGCUCAUAUCAAUUUUCUCUACACGCUUGCACGUUUCCUCAGCUAUUUGGAGCAGCAGCAAUACAAUCCAGUGCGUUUGGGCAACAGCGGCGCUACAUGUAUACGUCACAUGCGUAAAACGCUGCCAGUCGUCAUGACCUACGUCUACGAUCGCGCCUAUUAUGCGCCCGUGCGUGCUGACAGCGAUCGCGUCAUUCUCACAAUAUUUGCCCAACUCAAAGCGGAAUUUGAACGCACCUUAACCCUCAACCGCAUGCAGUUCGAUGCUGACAUUUUGGAGUAUUUGCAGCAGAAACUCUUAUCGCUACGCAUCAACCUGGGUAACUUGCCGCCCGCGGUAAACUCUUCAUUCUAUGUGGACCUCAUGUGGAAGCUGAACGUCAGCCACAAUAACUUCUAUCGCAAUCACCUGCACGCUUUGGCUCAUACCUACGGUCAUCUGCGUCGUUUGGCUUCCAGCGCUUCGAAGAAGCAUAGCCGCAGCGCUUGGUACACUUUCAAUUACCACGAGCCCACCUUCCCGGACAAUCUGGAUGCGACGCCUUACUAUUUCUGCCUGAGUAACAUGAUAAUCGUGCCAUACGCCUACCUACAAACGCCUUUUUACGAUCGUCAGUUCUGGUCCAUUCUAUUGUAUGGCGAUCUCGCCAACACCUUGGGUCACGAGCUCAUCCACAGCUUUGAUAGCUCAUUCCUCGAGUAUGACCACGUGGGCAACAUGAAUGAACUCAUGAUGCAGCGUAUCUCAUCGAAUGCGAACUUCGCACGCAAUUCGCAGUGUCUAAGUCAAGGCACCAAAUUCCUAGCCGAGCGUAUUGCUGAUGUGAGCGGCACGCGACUGGCGCUCAACACCUUUAUGCGCGAUCCACAAUUCGUGAAAACAAAUGGCCGCUUAUUUUUCCUGCAGUUUGCGCAAUUCUUCUGUAGCAACACCGACGAGGCGACCCAUCAGCUGCAGGAUCAUUGGCAUGAUACGGACGCAUUGCGGCUGAACUACACAUUGUCGCAGAUGCCAGAAUUCAUGGACGCCUUCAGUUGUCCGGCCGAAAGUCGCAUGAACGCGAUGCACCGCUGUGGUCUGUGGUAAUUAAGGCUCGUUUAGGGGAAGGGGUUUGGGUUACACAAAUAUAGUAUGAAAGAAAAAAUUAGUAUUAGCACAUAAAAUUUAUAAGUGAAGUAGCAUAAGCAAAUCUUUUAGCGCUAAGGUACUUAAAUGAAUUUACCCUGUAACUAGUCCAUAGUCUUUUU